GUAGCAGCUUCGCUUGGUGUACCAUCAUCUCUGUACUAUACCCUGCGUUUCAAAAGCCAUUACGCUUCCCUACACCGCACGGUUCGUUCACUCACUCACCCACACCGUCACAAGCGCACACAGCGGAGCAGAGAGCGCGAGCAGCCAUGAGCAAGGAGAAGCACCACCGCCACGAGCACCACCUCCGCCGCUGCUGCGGCUGCCUGGCCUCCUGCCUCCUCGCGCUGGUCCUCAUCGUUGCCUCCAUCGCCCUCAUCGUCUACCUCGCGCUCCGACCCUCCAAGCCGGCCUUCUACCUGCAGGACCUGCAGCUCCGCCGCCCCAUCUCCCUGGGCGACCCGUCCCUCACCGCCGCGGCGCAGGUCACGCUGGCCUCCCGCAACCCCAACGACCGCGUGGGUAUCUUCUACAAGCGGCUCGACGUCUUCGUCACCUACCGCGACGAGCCCAUCACGGUUCCAAUCUCGCUGCCGCCGCUGUACCAGGGCCACCGCGACGUCUCCGUCUGGUCCCCCGUGCUGUCGGCGGAGUCCGUGCCCGUGGCCGGGUACGUCGCCGACGCCAUGAGGGAGGACGUCGCGGCGGGUUAUGUCGCGCUGGAGGUCAAGGUCGACGGCCGCGUCAAGUGGAAGGUCGGCAGCUGGGUCUCCGGGAGCUACCACCUCUUCGUCAGCUGCCCCGCCAUGCUUUCCGCCGGCUACCCCGGAGGUGGUGCGGUCGACGCCGGGUUCAAUGGCACCGUGACGUCGCUCAAGUUCGCGCAGCCGACAGGAUGCAGCGUCGAGGUGUGACGCAGGGUAAAUAAUGAGCCGUACGUGUAUGCGACGAGACGUACUGAAAUAGCGCGCGGGUAGUGGCAAAGUGGUAAUUAAACUUCUUCGGGCAAAUCGUUACUUAAGCUGUUAAUUUUGUUCAUGUCUCAUGCAUGUGGGAGAAUAAGUUUAUGUUACAUACAUGUUCCAUUCCAAGACUCACCAGUUGUACUAAAACAUAAACUUUUGUUUCUAUAUCUUGUCCUCAAAUUAGAGCUCU